GCGUGCUGGGUUUAUAAAAGACGAGGUGGCUCAUCGUGUAAUGGGUUAAAAGUCUGUCACAGAGCUAUUUGUGGCCUGCCGCUUUGCACGCCGGAGACAGACAGAACAGCAUGGAGACGCUGCUUUUUCUAUUUCCUCAAUUCAACUACAUGGCCCCAAAGGAGGAAGCAUAUUUCAAAAUGCUCUGUACAGAAGACUUAAAGGCUUCAAAGAUGAAGGACGACACUAGCAGACAGAAAGAGAAGGAGAGGAAGAGCCGACUAAGCCUUUUUCUCACCAAGUCGGGCUCUCACGAAAACGUCAGUCCCAAUAAAAAGACCAACACGACACCCAGCAACAUCUCACCAGAGGCAGCUCUGCAAUGGAGCGACUCCUUUGAAGAACUGCUGAAGCACUCCGAUGGGGUCGAAAUUUUUUCUCAGUUCCUCAGGACAGAGUUCAGCGAGGAAAACAUCGAGUUCUGGUUGGCCUGUGAAGAAUACAAGAGCAUAGAUUCUGAGACGAAGCUGCUGUCCAAAGCCAAAUAUAUCUAUACAGUUUUUAUUGAUUCGGACGCCCCUAAAGAGGUCAACAUUGACUACAACACCAAGACGGCCAUCCAGAAGGAUAUAGCACAGCCAACAAAGAGCUGUUUUGAAGCAGCCCAGAUGAAAGUGUACAGCCUGAUGAAAAAGGACUCCUACCCGAGGUUUCUCCACUCUGACAUUUAUCUGCGUCUGACCAGGAAGAAAGGGCCAGGGGCCACCAUGUUUCGCAGAAGGUCACGCUCUUGUGUGUUCAAUGAGCGAGGCGAGGCCACAACUGAACCUUCAGCCUGGUAGUCUUAGCAUUGCAGAUGCAGCAGCUUUAGAAAUAAGAGAUAAUCCAGAAUUUACAGCACAAUGGAAUGGGUGAAAUGAAAUAUGUCCUGCAGAGGCAUAUAUCCACUGGUUUGUGUCUGCAAAGUGUGUUUUUUUUUUAUAACCACAUGGGUCUGGAUGGAUUAUCUUGAAUACAUAAUACCAACUUGAUUACUGUUAUUUGCUUUCGUCAAAAAAAUUUGAAGGAAUUUAAGUGUGUAUGAUAUUUAUGUUGCUACAGACAGCAGCUGGUUUGCUUACCUUAGCAUCAGAAAUGAAGUAGAGGAAAAAAAAUGUUUGACUUAUUUCACUGGCAGUAAUAAAAAUUUAAAAAAAGAAUCACUGCUAUGGGUUAUACUAGCUAUGCACAAGUUCAAACAUUUCCUAGUUUAAACAAAAGUCCUAACUUGGGAUGGAGUUCACUCUCUGCAACCAUUUAAGGUGUUGCAUCAGCUAAGAUAGUUUUAAUAAAGGCUUAAUUUAUAAUUUAAAUAGUACACCUACCUCCUAGUAGGUUUUCAUAAUCAUUGAUUGUCUAAAUGUUCAGUUUACCUACAUAAAGGGAGCAUCAAUGCAACUACAAUGCUAAACAGUGACAGAGACUUCAAUCUAGAGUUUCCGGUACACUUUUUUGUCUCUGGCCAAAAUGACGAGCAGUCCUCAAGAAUUCUGGCCAUUUAGAACAACCAGAACUUUGCUUUGUAUAGUCAUGGGACCAAUAACCUGGAUUUAACAGCAAUAAAACAUACAAAAACAGAAACACUGUAAUGCAGCUUCUGUGCUAAAGCAGGACUGGAGGCACAUUUUUCUUUCCGAACCAGACCCAAGAUUGGUACUGUAGAAACUGAGCCAAUAGUAAACCUGAGUAACUGUUACCCUGUUAUUACAGCCUAUUUAUUUAUACAUAUUACACUUGACUGGACCUUGGAAAUACCUGUGAAAAGACAUUCUUUUACUUUUCCUUACACACGUGCAGUCAGUUACACAAUAAACCUAAGUUUAACACAAACAACGGCACUUAGCUUCACAUUAGCUCAGUUAGUUGCUUGUUGCUGAAAACACCAAUUCAUCCCAACAAAUAACUAACCAGUGCUCCGUUAACUUACUCCGUUAAGACUACGCAUUUCAAAUGAAAAUUGUUAGGAUGAAUUGUCCCAUAUUAGUCCACAUAAACUGAUGAUCUCAACUGUAACCUCCGUUUAAACAGUAUAUCCAACCAUUGUGGUUUAUUUGAAGUAGUCCCAAAAAAAGACAAAAGCAUCCACUGUGGGUAGUUCAGUACAGUCCUCUUCUCAUCUUCCCACACUGCUGCUGCUGAUUAGUCAGGACACCCUGAGCAUGAACCCUCGGCCUCAGGGAAUUAAGAUGGUGCUCUAAACCAGUGAUAAUUUUGUUGACUAAAAGUAUGACUAAAAAUUUUCACCAGCAGCCUUUUUUUUCUAUGAGAACGACUAGCCAAAAAAAGAUAUUUGAUAUUUGAAAGUAAGUUAAGUUUUCGUCAGGAUGAC